AUGGCCUGGUUUCUUGUUUCCUACAAGAUCAAGAACCUUCUGGGUGCCCCAAAGAUAUCUAAGCCUUCUGCAAAUCAAGCACCACCAUUCAACAGCGUUCCAAAUGAUUACAAGAAAAAAAUCGUUUCCAGGGCAAGAAACUGCCAAUACUGCAGUGAGAGUGAUAAUUCCGAUUGCGAUGAAGAUGAACGCACCUAUAAUAAUGUGCCAAGAAGGGCGCCUAAGGGUACCAUGUAUAGGCCUCGUCCUCCACUCGCGCUUGUUCACCAGGUAAGGCCGAGGCCAUAUGUUUACGCGAGCAACUGGGGAAGACCACCACCACCACAGCCGCCCUUAUUACCGCCGCCGCCUCCCCCAUAUGGGUACCAAAACCCUUAUGGUUACAAUUUGAUGCCGCCGCCACAUUUAUAUGGUUACCAAAAUAACCCUUACAAUUACAACUUCAUCAACGGAAUGGUGCCCCAGCCUCUGUAUCCUUAUUAUUAUGGUCAGAAACCAAGGGAUCCCCCAGUUGGCAACUCAUUCAUCCAUUUUUUAAGCGAUGAUAACACAGCUAGUAGUUGCAGUCUAAUGUAA